CUGUCAAAUAAAUUAUUUUUAAUAUAUGUGUGAAACGAAAUGCCUUUUCAUACGCGUGUUUACGAGUAACACAUGUAAUAGUAAUUUUAUUAUUUUUAAUAAAUAAAUAUGGCCGUAAAGAAAAAGAAGCAUGUGUCGAAGAAAAACAAAAAGGACUGGCGAAAGCACUGUGAUAUUACUGAUGUCGAGGAGUUCUUGGAAGAACAGCGGUUGGACGAAAGAUUAGGUAAAUUUGAGACCAAACCAGACAGUGAGUUGUUUGUGGUGGACACUGGUGGUGAUUUAAAGGAUGAAGAGAAACCACUCUCAGCAAAGCAAAAGAAAAGAGCCAAACUUACAGAAGUACCCAAGUGCUUUGAAAUAUUGUUACCGUCUUCUAAGGUACCAGAUCCAAACAAAAAAAGAAAUCAUGUGAACCCAGUGGGUUCUAAACCCACAGCACUUAGCAAAUUAACAGAAAAGCGUAGAUUAGAGAAAGGAGUUUAUCAGAAGAAGAUAGAAGAUGCCAGGAAGAACAGAAGAUUGGCUGUGCAGAAAAAGAGGAAAGCCAAGCAAAUCAGACAGACAUUUGAUUUGGACCUUUGGGGUAAAGAUAUGCCAAAAUCAAAGACCAUCCCAUCAGUUCUAGAAGAAGAGUUUGUCUCCUCUGAAGCUAAGUUGCACAAUGUGCUGCCGGACCAGCGGCUUCGGGCCAAGCCGCCGCUGCCGAAAACUGUGGUUACCAGGGCGGCUGUGGAGACUCCUCACCCUGGAGUCAGUUAUAACCCUACCUUCCAGGAACAUCAAGAGCUGCUCCAGAAUGUGGUGCAGCACGAGCAGAAGAUGAUGAAGCGCGAGGCGCACCUUAACCGCGUCACCACCAAGAUGUUCAAGAGGGUCACUGCACAGGAGAAGGAGAACCAAUGGAAAGAAGAAAUGAGCGAGGGUCUCCCCAAACCCCACAACCCGGCAGACGAACCUGCCUCUGACACGGACAACGAGUACAAGGCCAUCAACCCGCCCGUCAAGAACAAGAAGAAAGAUCACAAGGCGCGUAGGAAACAGCGCGAGAGAAUAGAAGAGAGGGAGAGACUAAAACGGGAGAAGAUUAAUAAGAAGAAGAUUACUGAUAUUUACAGGCUUCGUAAACUAGAAACAUCAAUAACGAAGCGUGAGAAGAAACAGCAAGAACUUCGAGCCAAGCGUGCGAUCAAACACGCAGAGGAGGCCGCCACCGCCGCGCCCGCGCUCAACGCACACAAGGCGCCGCUCAAGGAGCCAGACUUCGUGGAACCCACACAGCUCAGCGGGGACCUGCUGCAUAUAAACCCUAAAACGAACUUACUCCGCGAUCGCUUCGAAUCCCUCCAACGUCGUGGGGCCCUCGCCGCCUCCAAGAUCAUGAUGAAGAAGAAACGCAAGCUCAAGAGCUACUUCAAGCCUGGUCAUAAAGUCACUGACCAGGAAAUAGAGAAAUACAUCAACAAGGCUCAGGCGCAGAAAAUAGGGGUGUCACAUUAGGUUUGGGUAAUAAAGAUGUUUGAAAGAA